AUGAAGAUGAGUGAUUAUUGGACGACAAUGGCUUCACUUGUCGGCAUGUUAGCCUUCUGUCAAACAAUCCUCCAACUCGUUUUCCCACCUGAGCUCCGCCUCGCCUUCAUCCACCUCCUGACACGUAUGCGCCACGUGUUCUCCUCCCACACUUACUUCGACAUAACGGAGAUAGACGGCGUCAACACCAACGAGCUCUACAACGCCGUCAGCCUCUACCUAAGCUCCUCCGUCACCGUCCCCAACGCCGUUUCCACCACCAGCAACACGCGUCUCAGCCUCACGCGCGUCCCUAACUCAACCUCCGUCACCUUCGGCCUCUCCAACAACGACAGGAUCACCGACGUCUUCAACGGCGUCACUGUCCUCUGGGAACACGUCGUCGUCCAGCGUCAGGUCCAGAGCUUCUCGUGGAGACCAAUGCCUGAGGAGAAACGAGGCUUCACGCUACAGAUCAACAAGAGAGACAAAAGCCUCGUACUAGACUCUUACCUCGACUACAUAGUCUCAAAAGCAGAGGAGAUUCGCCGGAGGAACGAGGAGAGGCUUCUCUACACUAACUCAAGAGGCGUCUCGUUGGACUCGAGGUCACAUCCGUGGGACUCGGUGAGGUUCAAGCAUCCUAGCACGUUCGAGACGCUUGCGAUGGAACCAGAGAAGAAGGAGAGGAUCAUGGAGGAUCUGAGAGAGUUCGCGAACGGACAAGGAUUUUACCAGAAGACAGGGAGAGCUUGGAAGAGAGGUUAUUUGUUGUACGGACCGCCAGGGACAGGAAAGUCUAGCUUGAUUGCUGCAAUGGCGAAUUAUCUCGGGUAUGAUAUUUAUGAUCUUGAGCUCACUGAGGUUCAGAAUAACUCGGAGUUGAGGAAGUUGUUGAUGAAGACUAAUUCUAAGUCGAUAAUUGUUAUAGAAGACAUCGACUGUUCGGUUAGUUUGACGAAAAGAGAGAAGGUUGUUAAGAAGAAGAGUAAUAAUAACGGGUGUUAUGACCCGGAUUUGACUAACGGGUCGGGUUUGAUGGAUGAACCGGGGAGUUCGGUGACGCUCUCGGGGCUUUUGAAUUUUACUGAUGGGCUUUGGUCUUGUUGUGGGAGUGAGAGGUUAUUUGUGUUCACGACUAAUCAUAUUGAGAAGUUGGAUUCUGCUUUGUUGAGGAGUGGGAGGAUGGAUAUGCAUAUUCACAUGGGGUUUUGUAGGUUUCAAGCGUUGAAGAUUUUGUUGAAGAAUUAUUUGAGGAUGGAGGAGGAGGAUGUUGACGGUGUUGUUUUGAAGGAGAUGGAGGAGUGUGUUGAGGAGGCGGAGAUUACUCCGGCUGAUGUUAGUGAGGUGUUGAUUAGGAAUAGGAGUGAUGCGGAGAAGGCGGUGAGGGAGCUUUUGUGUGUGUUGAAGGAGAGAGUUGUGAGGAGGAGGAAGAGUGGUGGAGUGAAGAGGAAGAAGAAGAAAGAGGAAGGAGAAGGAGAAGAAGAGGAAGAAGCAGAGGAGGAACAAGAGAAGAGAGCUUUGGAUAGUCCCAAUAGAAACAUAGAGUUUUUUGGGUUUCAAGUUGAAAAAGAUGGAGAUGAAGAUGCAGACAAGUGAAGAAGAGACAACGGUAGGAUCAUUGUCUAAUGGUUCAUGUGUUUUUUUUUUUUUUGCAUUAAGGUUGCCUUUUAUUCUGUUUUGUUUGUUCGGUCAAAAUGUUAUAAUUUACGAUCGUUACAAUCAUAUAAUAUAAGGUUUAUCC